GGAGAACCAAUCAAUGAAAAGCAUCGGGUCCCAUGCAAUUUUAAAUUGAAUAAAUAAAACACCUUUUUUGUCUUCCUUCCUUCAGAUCUAAUCCAAACGCUCCGUCGGCAAAGCAUCAACAGGAAUAUAGGUUUUCUCAUAUAAAAUAGGGAUUAUGGGUCGUGGAGUCAGCAGUGGUGGGGGGCAGAGUUCUUUGGGGUACCUUUUUGGCAGUGGAGAGGCUCCAAAACCUACUGCAAACACUAGUGAAGCCCCUAAGGUCCCGGCAGAGGUUGCAAAGCCUACAGCUGCUGCACCAUCAGCCUCUCCGGCAUCAGGAGAUGCUAGUAAGCAGAUUCCAGCUGGGGUUCCUUGUAACAACACUAACAACUACUUCCGUGCUGAAGGCCAGAACUGUGGCAACUUCCUCACCGACCGGCCUACCACUAAGGUGCAUGCAGCCCCAGGUGGUGGAUCUUCCUUGAAUUACCUUUUCGGUGGUGACGGUAAAUGAAAGGCCUCAGAUUUUUCAGGUUGGAUUUCGAAUCUAUGGUAAUCGAUAUUUUAGGGGGGCUUCGAAAUUGAGGCAAACAAUAUCUAAUUAUGUUAGAUAGUGGAGAUGAUUCUAUUUUAUUUGUGUUAUGUAAUAUAUGUGGUACUCUUGUCUUGGAAGGGGAAUGUUGGGUUCCGCUCAAAUGCUUAAAUUUCGGAACUUUAACCGUGUAAUGUACUAUUGUGACAUCUUCUGUAUUCAAUUCAGCAGUUGCUUUCGUUUUCA